AUGUCUCACAGUACCUCGAAAAAGUAUCGCAAUGUGCCGAAUAAAUUACCACCGCAAAUUCAGGCAUUGUUUGCUCCGGGACCUCCACUAGAGCAGCUUCCUGCUCUUGAUGAGAGGAGAAGGAAACGAUCGAAACACUCUGAUCUUUCCGGAAUUGCCGAUUUGGUUGAAAAAUUUGAACAAGAAGAAGUACAAUAUGAUGCCGAAGGACAAAAGAUUAGAACCACAAAAUAUGAAAUGCCAGAAUCAAGAAGAAAACGAAAGGAAAGAAUAAAAAGAGAAAACGCGGAAAAGGCAGAAAAAGAAUUGAGAAAAGCCUUGCAGAGUUGGGAUCCGAAUAAUGAUCCAAAAGCAACUUUAGAGCCUUUCAAUACUUUAUUUAUUGCCAAGAUGAAUUAUGAAACAACGGAAGAAACACUCAGAAAUGCUUUCAGUAAAUUUGGACCAAUUAAAACAGUGCGAGUGGUGAGAGACAUAAAUACUGGUAAAUCCCGAGGUUAUGCCUUUAUUGAAUUUGAAAAUCAUGAAGACAUGAGAGAUGCCUAUAAUCGAGGUGAUGGAAUGGAAAUUGAUCAAUGGAGAGUAAUGGUGGAUGUGGAGCGUGGAAGAACUGUCAAAGAUUGGAAACCAAGACGAUUGGGGGGAGGCUUAGGCAAUUCUAGAGAGCCACUCCCGCCUGUUGUCGAAGAAAAACCAGAGGAACGAUAUCAUGAACCUGGAUUUCGUAGAGGAGGAAGAGGUGGUUUCAGAGGAGGAAGAGGUGGUGGAGGUAGUGGUGGUUUUCGAAGAGGCUAUGACAGGGGUGGUGACGAUCGAAGAGACAGAGGAUACAAGAGAAAUUAUGAUGACAGGUAG